CUGUGGGUCGACUCUAUCAUCUGUUAUUUUACUUUAUCAUUAGUUUUUAUAGCUAUUUAAGUGAUUACUAGUGUGUGAACAGAACAUAAGUUUAAGUGUAAGAAAUCUGUGAAUAUUGUAAUAAACAGACGCCAGUAAUUCAAGAUGGCGGAAGUGGGGUUCCCGGGUCAGCACACCACCACCACAACAGUCACCUCGAGCACAACCGUGCAGACCAACAUACGCUUCGAUCCGGUCUACGCGCGCACCAUUCCUGGGAUACUCAAAGUUGUUCAAGUUGUAACCAGCCUCCUCGGGUUUAUCUGCAUCCAGUUCUCAAGUCUGAGCUACUACUCUAAAGGCUCGUACUUCAGCUGGAUAUCUAUGAUUGCCUUCUGGUUCACCGGCAUCCUCCUCGGCCUGUACCUGUUCCAUAUUGUGGAGAAGUUCUAUAAGAUCCCCUGGUUGAAGAUCGAGUUCAUUUUCUGUGCGGCGUGGAGCUUCCUCUACAUCAUUGCUGCGAGUCUCGCGUGCACUGUCAACGAUAAGCCGCAUUCGGCUGCUGCGUUCUUCGGCUUCGUAGCAACAGCUGCGUACGCAAUCGAUUGCUUCUUAAAAUACCGCGCGGUGAAGGCGGGUGGGCUGGCGCAGGGCACUAGAGUGGUGUCCAAGCAGACCACCUCGGCCGUGGAGUCCCCGCCGCCUAGAGAGGGGUAUUAAGGACUCAGGAAGUCGUAAGAUCAUGUAGUACUAUAGAUCAGUGGUUUUCAAUCAGCACGUUACUUUUUACUUAUUGUAGAUAUGCCGCAAAUGGUAUAAACUACUUGGCUGACAAAUGGCGAAUUUGCAUAAACAGCCUAUACAUAUAUGUCCAUCUGCUUGGCACAGACCUCCAUAAAUAAAAUAGAGGGGAUGCGGAGCACAUUCCACCACGCUGCUCUUCUAGUCUCCACUAUUUUAUCAUUACGGCUAUUGAGAACCACUCCCGUAGUUAAUUUAAUUUCUAUUCACAUGUCGUAUUUACGUCACAUUUCUAUUUAAGUGUAUGUUGUGUUCAUAGAUAAUACAGCCUAAUAGAUUCUUUUAUACAUGCUAUAAAAGGACCGCCAUGUUUGUGUUAUGCGCAAGCGCAGUCUACGACCACAUUAGCGAAUUGGGGUCUCUUUUCGGAAAUUGCUCUGUAAAUUACAAAAAAGAUACUACAUUUAAAAAAAGUCUAUUGGGCUCAUAUAUCUAUCAUCGAUCGUUCGCGGUUAGAAUGUUAAAAAUGUUAGAAAACACAUACUUAUAUGGUGUUAACUUUGCAUAUCAAUGUUUACCGAUAUAUUUCAAGUUGUAUAUUCGAACAGGGUGGUUUAUAAACAUGAAUGAUGAAUUUAGAUGAUGCACUAAUACAAUACACACAAACACAAGACACAAAACUCGAAAUAUCGUCCGUCACCUUAUAGAGAAUACCACGCAAGCGGCUUUUUUGAAUAACUAUAAACUACAUUCUAUUUUUUUUUAUUCAACAAAACCUUAUUUUUUUUUAAUUUAAAUUAAUUGUAGGAAAAAAUAUACCACAUAUUUAGACCUGGAUUGAAACUAGCACGAUCAUGAAUGAAAAUUAUGGAUUAAUUUUACAUCAAUACAGUUGUGAUAACAUUAUCAGAUAUUCAAAUUCCGUAUUUUAUCGAUGCAAUCGAUCAACUGUAUCGCUAAAAAUAUCACUGUGUCUAAAAACCCAACAAAACGCCUUUUGAAUUGUUUUAUUAUAACAGUCUCUAUUAAUAUGGUAAACGCGAAAGACUAACAUAUCACUUAGAAUAUUUCAAUUAUAGAUAUUCAGAAAUACGUUGUUUGAGGUUUAAACGGUUGAUAUUAUAAUUAAAACACAUAAUACAAUCAUGAUAAUAUGAUCAUGUGCCGUUCCCGAGAAUGUUCCCAAAGCGGUAAUAUUUCCGUUGUAAAAAUUCUUCAAAUUCAAAUUCAAAAAUAUCUUUAUUCAGUAGGUAACAUAGUUACACUUUGAAUCGUCAAUUUUACAUAACGAACGUCUCAUCCGCCUAAAACUACUGCAGCUUCUCAUAACCUGUAUAGCCGGGGAAAAGAAGCUGCAAGAAAAACUUCGGCACAGGGCCCUAGACGUUCUUUAAAAAAAUAAAAAUAAACAUAAAAUAUUGGUAUACAAUUGAGUAAUUUAGCUGCCUAAUAUCAGUUCUCAGAAAGUUAAUUCCAUGCAUUCAUAUCUUCUAAAUAAUGACUAACUUUAUAAUAACCUUUUUUGUAAAGUUUUUGUUUAACUACUGUCUUAAAACAGUUGAAAGGCAAAUUCUGAAUGUCAAUGGGAAUCUUAUUGUAAAAACGUAUACAUUGCCCCUUAAAAGAUUUAGUAAUCUUAUGUAAUCGACUGACUUGUAAAGCAAGUUUAUUUUUAUUCCUGGUAUUAACAAUGUGCCGAUCGCUAUUUUUUGCAAAUAAUCCUAUAUGUUUUUUUACAUAUAUUAGGUUUUCAGCUUCAAUAGUUAGGUCACUGACUGCUUUUCUUUUUCAAAUUGUUCUUGUAUUAUGGUAUAAUCUGCCUAAAGGAUAGGUAACAAAAGCUCUUGUUACGUAAGUUUUGCGCGUUUUUCCUGCCGGGAACGUUUCCAAAGUGGGAACAUUCUCAGGAACAGCACAUCACCCGAUCAUGAUCAUCAUGGUAUAAUGUCUCACAUUGCUGAUUUAUCGCGAUAACACGGUAUUAUGUGUUUUAUUUAUGUAGUCAUAGUCAAACACUUUAAUGUUAAUAUUAACUUAGUACCUAUAUUUAUUCAGAACAAAACUUGUACUUACUUAUGCUACUAAUUCCAGUGGAUAAUGCCCUUUGCAAACGGUGAAAACACUAUGAUAUAUUCAUCAUCAUUGGCCUUAUACGUCUGUUUCAGACAAUUUAUGACGUCAUUGUCUCGAAGAAAUGCACUUUCUUUCAUGGCUGUAUAUGUACAUGGCGUUUUGUAGAUUAACGCACGGCAGCUCUCAUUUCAUUCAAAGCCGUUCCAAAAUCACGCGCAGACCGUGCCUGUAUUCCAAACAAACGGGAGAUACUUACAAGCAAGCGUUGCGUCCACGCGCUACGCUGCAUCAUGCGGGGCAGUGUGAGAAUCGCCUAAAAUAUUAUGUUUUUUCACCGUGUGUAAUCGGUAUGAAUCUAUAAUUAAUUUUUAUUUAGUUAGGAAAUGCUUAUAGAUGAUCUAACAGAAAGCUCGGUGAGGUGUGGGUACUUAGUUCAUCUAACGAUGGAUGUACUGACUACCCCAACUGGGAUUUAGUCGCGAGCUUAUAUUAUGUUAUGCUUUAUAGAGUAACCAAAGAAACGAAGUACCUAUGUGAAGGCUCAAGUUAAAGAAUGAUCUGAAUUUGGAUGAAGACAUGACAAAAAUGAAUUUAUUUUUAUUCUUGAGGGACAUUAAGAAAAUAGAAACACUGUACUAUGAAGGAUGUUUAGUAUAAUGACAACGAUUAAACCACAAUAUUUUAUAUAAAAAGUAUAUGUUUAAAAAAAAUUAACGAUUUUUUAAGAGCCAUUAAUAGCAACGAAUUUAUUAACUCUAUUUUAUAUCGACAACUUUUAUGUACCUACUCUUAGGUUAAGUAUAGUUUAAUUCAGUUAAAUAUGUUUAUUCAUUGUUCUAUGUUUAUUGCGUCACAUUCUGUGUUAAGAAGGCAACAUAUUUUUUACCUGAUUGCUCUAAAAAGAGAGCGUGAAAUGUCGCAAAAGGUAGGGAUUUUGCAAAAUGUCCCCUUUAUAUUUUUUUCUCAAAUUAUUGUUUUGGAUUUGUUGUAAGUUUAUUCUGAGUCUGUGUUAAGAAGGCAAAAUAUUGUACCCGAUUUUUUCAAAAAGAGAGUAGUUGAAUUCGUCGCAAAAGUUCGGGAAUUCGCAAAACGUCCCCUUCACAAAAGUAUUAAAUAGACAGUGCUGGACAAAAUAUCCUAAAGCGUUUGUAAUGUAAAGAGGACAUUAUACGAAAGAGCCCUUUUGCUCGUACGACUAAAUGCUGCUUGUUCUACGGCUAUUACUUAUGGAAAUAUUUUAAAACUAAGUAAUCAAUAUUAUACAAAUUCAAUGCAAGUUUUAAUCUACUCAAUGUAAAGGAAACUUGUUUAAGCGACAUGUUAUUAGUAUUUAAGUAGAAAGUAUGUUUGCUUGUGUGUUGCUAGUAUUGGAUGCGAUUUUGUCAAACAAUUAGGGCGUUUUUGCACUACAUCCGAUCUGAUCAAGUGGCUUUAACUACUUGGCCAGACAAAAGAGCGCUGAGGGCUCUCACCCGGUACAAAAUUUAAGACAACAUGCAUCGGGUUUGUCAUUCACGGAAUCUUGUGUUAAAAAAGUCCACAUAGAAGCAAUUCAUCUAAAAAAUGUGCAAUUUGGCAUUUGCGCAUAUAAAAGUUAGUGCGCAAUGUUAAGAAAUGUCAAAUAGCAGUGUUGCUUUUGUAGAUGAAAUGCUUUGAUGUGGCCUUUUUAACCCCCCAAAUCGGAUUUGGAUCGGACGUAGCGCUAAAACGCCCCAAUGGGUUAUAUUUGUUGUCAUUUCUAUUACUUUAUAAGUACAUAAAACCUAUACGUUCUGAAAGUCGACCUUUCGAAUGAUAAAUGCAAUGUUAUCUGUAUGAUGAGAACAGACAAACACCAAAACUAUUUAAAAAUUGAUUCGAUUUGUAAAAACAGCUUUAGCGGUAUUUUUGCUGUUGAUUUAAAAAGAAAACUUGCCCAAAUUCUAAAUUCAAAGUUGGUGUGUAGAGAAAUAGAACUUAUAAAAUACCUACUUUUUAAUUUAGUUUUUAAGAACUUAACCACCUGCCGUUAAUUUAGUUUUAAAUGUAAAUCUGUAUAUUUCUUUUUUUGCACAUACAUUAAUUAAUUAUAUUUUACAGCCACGACUUCUAUGAUUAUUUUAAAAAUAUUUACAUACAAAUAUUUUUUAUCUUUAUAUUUUAUAAAUUUUAAUAUCGUGUUUAUACUAAUGUGUUGUCUUUGAUUGUACUAAUUAUAUAUUAAAGAUUUUUUUAAACUUGUUUUAUAUUCAGGGCUAUGGUGCUAAUUUGGGCGGACACAAACUUAAUUUUAGUUUAACAGUUCUUAAAUUAGCUCCGUCCUUCACUUACAAUACGUGCAAGAGAGAGAUGGAGCCAAUUUGAAUCCUGACAAAUUAAGUAGAUGGCUGCCCAAGUCUGCCUCACUGUCACACUUGUAGGGAUGAUUCAGACCAUCAUUCUGAGUUGAGUGGAUUUUCCAUCAUAAAAGUAUGGAACUCAAAAUAAUAAAAAUAAACCACUAACAUUUUAAUGAAUUUUCCGUCAGGAAAUUCCACUAGAUAUUAACUAAGAAUCAUGAGCUGAACCACUAACACCAAGUAUAAGAAAUGAAUUUAUAAGUCAAAAAAUUAUGUACGUUAUCAAUAUUUUUUGCCAAUUUAUCUGAUAGAUGUGAAGUAAUUUUUAACUACUGUUGCAUUUUAUACAAUUUAUAACACGCUUUAAAUCUAUAUUUUAUAUUUCUUGUUACCGUUAAGUAUAUGUGUACACUGUAAAUGUCAUUUUUAAUAUCAUAGUGCCUUAGUCGACCACAUUACACAGAUUAUUAUCGAUACAUAAAUCAUGGAUGCGGAUUCUGGCAGACAUAAAGUUUACUACAUUCGAUCCUAGUCCACGAAUGACGGAUAGCAGAAUAUUACUAACACGUUUAUUCUAAGAUGUUCUCGAAAUUUCCUCCACUCGACUCGGCCUCAGCUGAGCAUUUUGGUAUUUUAAGGUGACAUUGAGGUUGACAUUCACGUCUUCGACUUGAGGAGUUUACACUGGAAUCGAGCAUAUCAUACUGCCAACAUAAAAGUACGAAAAUAAUGUCAUGCCACACCACAUCAUGUGAGGUUAGGUUGAGGAGAUUUUGAGCUGAGUUUGAGGUCUUCCUCGAGGACGAAGUCAAGGAAGAUUCGAGGUAACAUCUCAGAAUACGGGUAUAAGAGAUAUCGGGUGUAGUGCGUGAGUUGCCAUACAAAUAGUAGUACGACCACUUCGGAUCCGUCAUUCAUGGAUAGCCGUUGGUCCCGGUUACUAUUUACUGCGGGCUUAGCACCGUAAGCGCGCGACUCUUUCUCGCCUCGACAUACGUCACCCGUCACUCUCUCACAGUACUGCACUGAAAGAGACAGACGAUCUCUGUCGAGGCGAGAAAGAGUCGCGUGCUUGCGGUGCUAGGCCCGCUGAUGUUGGGUGGCCUUUGGCGGCUCAACAAUAACCCUGCCACCAGGGUUGAUGAGGAUGGUAUUCCACCUCACAACCCACACAAUAAGAAGUUUCACGGAUUGUGCGAAAACGCCUUAACCAAUCUUUUUCUUGCAUUAUUUGAAAUACAAUACUAUUUUUUGAGCUGUCAAACUAGGCUUUUGUCCUCCAGACUCCGCAAAAAUAAAACAUAACACGCUGCAUUUUAUACUAUAUUGUUCAGUAUUUACACUAAUUGUAUAUUUUAAUAGGAAUAAAGUUUUAUUAUGAUAA